AAGUGUGACCCUGGAAAUGGAUCCAAUACUGAUGGCAUUUGUGGGAGAAAAAGUCGAAUUGCAAUGUCUGGUGUCGGUACCACCAAACUCAUCAGCUGGGUCGUUGCAUAUUCUUCACAAUGGCAUUCGUCUGAAACCAAAAAGCGAUAAUAGCAGGAUGACAGUGUCUGUGGAUGUCAAUGCCAGCUCAGACACGGGAGGCUACUACGAGUGCACCUACAGUGACCCUGACACAGAUGUCAAGAACAUCUUCAGCUACUUAAUUGUUCAAGAGAAAGAUUAUGAGGAGCCAAAAUCCUUCAAGACGGCUUUUGUCCUUCUGCUGCUGUUCUCUCUUGUCCUUCUUAUCUUCAAUAUCACGGGGACUUUGUUGCUGUUCUGCAAAGCAAAGAUUUGUGCUCAGAAGAAAAGAGCCUCCCAAACAGCCAAGACUGAAAUAAAACCAGCGGAGAAUGCUUCUGGUUCAAUUUACAAGAGUCUUGAAACAUGCAACCCAUCUAUUUACAACGUAAUCGAGCUCAAACCUGAGGAAGCCAGAAGAGGAAAGCCAUCUGAGCAGAACAGAGACAAAGACGAGAAGCCAUACCUUGAUGAAACAUUGGACCUCGUUUAUGAAAAUCUCUAAUGUCCUCUUGAGCUCUAUAACAUACGCAAGGUAUUUUUCCAGCCAAUUAUGAAAUGAAAUAGAGCAGACAUUUUGCUGAAAAUGAAGGACUUUCUGCUUUAUGUAGUUUGCAUUAACUCCUUAUGGAAGCACAUGUAAAUUAAACAAAUUACUUAUAGCUUCUAUUCCUUUGUAUUGCUGAAUAAAAUGCACAGAAUUACCUUGAA